CUCGCCUGCCUGCACUCGUCUGCAAGAGCCUCCUCGACCCAAUCAGCCGUCUAUCCGCCGCGCCAAGGCCGCACACGCCGCGCCCACCUCAUCACCCCGCCUCCUCGUUCGACCUCGUCCUCUCGCCCUCCUCAACCCUCCUGCCGCCGCGAUGGGACUCAAAUUUUGGGCUCGCAACGAGUGGACAGAGGCUAAGGAGGCUGGCCGCGAGAUUGUCACGUUCCUGCGGGACCACAACUGGAAGAAGUCGGCCCGCGAAAUCGUCCGGCGCAAGUACUGGGUCUGGUGGCUCGUCGGCGCCAUCGUCACGGCCGCCGUCGUUCUGCUCAGCAUCUAUCGCGACACCAUCAUCGAGAAGUUCGAGCCGCACAAGCAGGACAUCCGCGACCUCCCGGCCUCGUGGGUCAUCCCCAUCGCCGUGCUGGUAAUUCUCAGCGUGCCACCUCUCGCGGGACACGAGGCGGUCAUAAUGGUCAUCGGGUUGAUCUGGGGCGUCUGGUUGGGCUUCGCGAUCACCUGUGCGGGCACGUACCUCGGCGAGGCGCUCUGCUUCGUCGGGUUCAAGUACUUCUUCCAGCGCAAGGCCAACGAGAUCGAGACCAAGAGCAUCUGGUACGCCUGCAUCGCGCGCUUGAUGCGUCACGGCGGCCUCGGCAUCAUCAUCAUCAUCCGCUUCUCGGCCGUGCCCGGCCACGUCGUGACGGCCAUCCAGUCGACGGUCGGCAUGUCGUUCUGGGUCUACUCGCUCGCCAUCAUCGUCACGCUCCCGAAGCAACUCGCGAUCGUCUACCUCGGCUACAUGUUCGGCGUCAACCACGACACGGCCUCUCCCGCCAAGGUCCGCGAGCAAAAGAUCAUCUCGCUCUCGGUCCUGUUCGCGACGGGCAUCGCGACCGUCGUGAGCCUGUACAUUGUCUACAUGCGCGCUCGCAAGCUGUACCCCGAGGUGCUGCGCGACAUGGAGGAGGCCCAGGUUGCCAAGUCGCCGCUCGCGGCCGUCGCCGGCGGUGCGGGUGGUGGGCCGCGCCCUGGAGGAGCGGGAGCGAGGGGCGCCCCGCUCGAGCGCAGGCACUCGCUCGUCGAGGCCGCGUUCGAGGGCGAGCCGGGCGUCCCGGAGCGGUCGCACUACCGCGCGCACGGCCACGGGCUCGGGCACGGGCACUCGGCGUGGGACGAGCACGACGGCGAGGGCGACGACUGGGACAGCAAGAGUCCCGCGAUGCGCGGCGGCGGCGGCGGUGGGACGCCCCGAGCACCGGCGGCGGCGUGGCAGGAUGGGCGCGGCGGCGGCGAGCGGCGCGACGUCCCCGAGCUCGGGUACGCGUACGCCGCGCCGGUCGACCAGAGGGAGGACCUGGACCUGGACCCGGCAUCGAGCUAUGCGCACUUGCCGCUCGCGAGCGAGAGCGACGUUGGCGCGGGCGGGCGAGGAGGAGGAGCGUACGAGGACCCGUUCGAGGGGCCGGACGAGGGAGGGUUCGCGGGCGUCGGUGCGGGUGCGGGUGGGGCAGCGCAGCAGGGGCGGGGAGGGCAGUACGGCGCGCUCGGGCGCUCGAGGUGAGGAGCACAUGGUGGUCAAGCAGGGCUUCGCACGGACACUCUCUUUCUCUUUCUCGGCGCACGCUGGUCGUUCUCUCCCUCUCUCUUUUGCCUGUAGCACUCUCUUCCUCCUCGCACUGAAACACCAACAGACGUUGCACCGUGUCUUUCUACCUCUCUCUCGCCUCGUCCUCCUCGCUCCUCUGCAGCUCCGUGAGCCGUUCGACGAGCCCGUCAACGAGUGCGCGCACGGUCCUCAGGCCCGUGAGGACACCCUCGUCGGGGCCCUCCUCGCCGUCGACGAGCGCGCGCGUGUGCGCAAAGUCGAUGAC